AUGGCCACACUGCCGCUCGUUCUCAGUGGACUGCUCGUAGCAGGUCUCCUGCUAUAUCGCGCAGCACUCCCUCGACUGCUUCCUGGAAUCCCACACGAUGCGAAGUCUUCACGGAGACUCUUCGGCGAUCUUCCCGAUGGCCUUCAAUAUGCCGCCAGGACCAAAGAGUUCCUGAGCUUCUUGAGUUGGCGCUGUGAGCAGCUUGGGUCGCCCAUCGUCCAGGUAUCCCUUCGACCUUUCCAGAAGCCUCUCGUGGUUGUGAGCGAUUCGCGGGAAACAUUCGACAUUUUACAUCGACGAGGCCGGGAUUUCGACCAGUCCGACGGCUUCAGAUUGAACUUCUCCGCUGCCUGGCCCAACUCAACAGUCACGAUGCGCACAGGCGAGCAAUGGCGAUACAACCGACGACUCGUCGUUGAGACCAUGAGUCCGGCCUUCCUCCGCGAUAUCGACGGUCCCACCACGCACAAGAUGUCGUUGGAGUUGAUGAAGUUGUGGCGACGAAAGGCUGAGCGUGCUCAAGGGCGACCGUUUGAUGUCCAGUCGGAUCUGAACAAAGUGACGAACGAUGUUAUUUGGCAAGUACUGCUCGGGACAGAGGUCAGAGCGGUCAAGUCGCAGAUCGAGUAUCUCUCGUCCGCUGAAAAGGUCGACCUCCCAGCUUCCGUCGACGAAGUGGUUGCGCUCCCCGAAGGAUCACUUCCUGAAGUCUUCAAUGCUUUUGGUCUGCUUGCCGAAAGCUCGACAAUCGCGCGGAAGAGCGUCUUUGGAAGCUGGGCAGCCCAGGUCGCCGUUCGCGUCUACCCAGAACUAUCUCGUGCCUGGAGGCUGAAGAAUGCGAUCGUCAAACGCUCAGCUCGAGAUGCCUGGAACAAAUUCAAAGAUAUCGAUCUCGUUGAUAAGCACCAGGCAACUUCUGCCGCCGAGUUCGUCGUCCAGCGGGAGGUGAAGCAGGCUCAAAAGGAGGGACGUAAACCGGAAGGUCCGUCGAAGUGGUUAGAGGGAGAACUGGCGAUCAUGUUGGCUGCAGGCUACGAUACCACCGCAUCGAGUAUGUCUUGGGGGCUGAACUACCUGAGCAUCCAUCAAGACGUUCAAGCAAAGAUUCGGAGGAUCCUGCGUGAGACGUUCCCCAAAGCAGUAGCCGAAUCUCGAGAGCCUUCGCCAGCAGAGUUAUACAACACCGCUUUACUCUACCUCGACGCAUUCAUCGAGGAAGUCUUGCGUUGUAGCCAGUUGAUUCCCAGCCUCUCCCGAACGACCAUUACCAACACUCGGCUGCUGGGAUAUGACAUCCCUAUCGGCACUACAGUGGUCUCCCCUCACCAUCGUCCAAAAAGGACUGCACCUCGGUCAGAAAAGCCCUCAACUUCCAAAGGCCCUCCAGAUACGAAGCUGGCACCGGUUAAAGACUCUGCGCGCACCUCCAGUGGAGAGGAAUUCCAGCCACAAGUCAACGAAUGGGAUGAUACCUCCGACGACUUGCAAAACUUCCGUCCAGAGCGAUAUAUGCCUUCAAAAGAAGGCGAUGAACACCUAGACCUAAUGGCGGGACCGCACGUUACGUUUGGAGGCGGGACCAGGGGCUGCUUCGGCAAAAAGAUUGCAUACCUGAACAUGCGUAUCUUGCUGGCGAUCAUUGUGUGGAACUUUGAGUUGUUGCCGUUGCCGGACGAGUUAUCUGGGCUGGAGAGUGUUGAGGCCAAUACCGUGACGCCUCGACGUGUGCCUGUUCGUCUUCGACCUCUUGCGGGAUGA